AAUAGCUUAUAUCAUAAAGUAAAAGACAAAGAAUAAUGGUAAGUCAUAAGGUGUUCAAAAUAUAUGUUUUUAUUCCAACAUGCAUAUAUGUAAUUCUCCUCUAUUAAGAUCUUGACUGUACAUGUGUGUUUCACAUCAGCUUAAUCUGCUAUUAGAAAAAAAAACCUGAAUAAAUUAAAACAAUAAAUAUUAAAGCAAACUAAAGCAAAAAAGAGCACAUUGUUUUAAAUAUAUAUCAUUGUUAAAUAAGCUUUUAAAGAGGUUAACAAGGUAGACAGAAUGUAAUCUGAUAUUUUACAUAUUUCAGAUUUAUUAAUGAUUUCCUCAUUGGGUAAGGGUCUAAUGCAAAUAAGCAUAAAGGAAGCUGUCAGCUGCAUUCUGCUUCAGCCAAUAGUAGCAAAGCUCCAUCUUAGCUGUACCAGAAGCUGUAUUAAAACAGCCGAUCAGCACUGUUCCAGCAUCUUUUCAGAAAGAGAGAGAGAAAUCAGAGGCGUUUCCAAACAUGGCAACUUUCAACAUUAGCCGCUGGAAUGAAACCACAUCCCUUUAUCAGUAUCUUGGCUUUCAAGUGCAGAAAAUUUACCCUUUCCAUGAUAACUGGAACACUGCCUGUUUUAUCAUCCUGGUCAUAUUUAUAUUUACUGUAAUAUGUUUGGUGGUACUAGCCUUUUUAUAUGAGCUGCUUGACUGUUGCUGCUGUGUUAAAAACAAAACCAUGAAAGACUUAGAAAAUGAACCCAAUCCUGUUAGAUCUAUGAUGAACAGCUUCAGAAAGCAUGAAACGGAAGUGGUGUAGUGGUGGAAUGAUCUUCAGCAUCGGAAACAAACAGAUGUGCAACAUUAUAUUGAAGCCUCUUGUAUUUUAGGACCAAGCAAUUCAGAUCCUGUUUAGCCUUAAAUAUCGCUAUUAGCAGUCCCUUUUUUGCUGAUGGGUAGAAACCUGAAAAGGUUACAAAAUACUUGCUAAUGGAUAAUGUCACUGUGUGGUGUGAAAACAGAGGGUUGUUUUGUUUUAUAAUGAACUGCUGUUGAAUAGUACUGAUU